AUGGCAUCCCAAAAGCUCGGUCUUCCACAGAGUGACUUGGAAAAUUUACCGCGGGCUUUCACUACAUCUUCACAAGUUACCGAGCAGUUUGACGGGGCGAAAGCCCGUCUCAUGGAUAUAAUCGCCAUGAAGGACAAAACACCCAUCGCUAUUAGUCCUUCCACCGAGUCCAGAGCGAGGUUCCUCUUGCACCAGUGGGAGGAUAUCCUACCCACUGCUAACCCUGUUUUUGCUGCUCGAUGGGCACAAGAGAUUGACAAACGGCUUGUCGAAAUGAACCAGCGGCUCACAGAGGAUGCGAAAUACGUGUUUGCUCUCGCCAGGUUGGAGGACCUAAACAUCAUGGUUUUUCAGCUGCGUUAUACCGAUUACAUGGCCUCGUAUAAGAAUGAUCCAUAUAUCCCACAGAAGCGGUCUCCUGUCCGAAUCAUUCCAACUCAUGCAUUAUCCUUGGGCACACAUCAAACUGAAGAGGAGGCACUCGCACUAUUUGAAAAUGGGGAGUGGUCGGCAAUUCACCAUCGCCUCAUAACAGAGAACGGCCUAGUCAACACCUCAGAAUUCCCCACCAACCCUUGGGUCACAAAGGCUCCAAUGAUACGAUUAAUCCAAAAGCUGGCCACACUGACGGAAACCAAAGCGCUCAACAUAUACCACUUGAUCCGCACAUGUUCACAAGGGAGGCACUCGUACGUGGGGUAUAACCAUUUUUUCCCAUUUGAGAUCAACACUCAACUGAUCAGCAUGCACUUGAGAAUUCAGAAACAUCUCUCAGGUCUUUCAUCUGCGCCCUAUAUCUGCCGCCCAGAUAUACAGGCAAUUCGCGACACCAUUCUACAAGUUGCAGAUAAAUACUUCGAGAUUUUUAUAUGGUCAGAACAAUUACAAACUUGGACCAGAUGCAAAUGGCAAUCAAUACCUUUGUAA